CAAAAGAUCAACAAACUUUUAGAGCACGUAAUUGACUUGCCCGAUUCAAUUCUCACGACAUUUAUAGAUAUAAUCGAAAAAGUUGCUAAAGAACAACUUAAUCAACCAGAAUAUUUAAAAACAUGA